GACAGGGACACCGCAGGCAAGCUCCCCCUCCCCCGCAACGCGUGUACAAAGUCCCUCUCCUCUUCGAGCACCUCCGCAGUCGCCAGCACCGCGACUGCCCUCCCUCCAGCCACA